GGCUGCCGCUGCGGCGCCCGUCGCGUUCGGGUACCGCCUGGCUUGGGGCGUCCGCUGCUCUGUGGGCGGCGGUGCCGGCGCCUCGCCGCCCUUUAGAGAAAAUCUGUCAUCGAACCUGACUGCCCGUCUUUUGGCUUAAAGCCGCUCCCCUUGCUGGGAGUAUCUCGUUCCAAACUGGCAUUUGUCGAUUUAAGCGGACAUGUCUGCCCCGCUCCAGCUCCACGCUCCUUUCAGGAGAGAUGCGGCACGUUAGGAGAACAUUGGAUGUUUUAAAGGCAUUAACAGCACUUAAAAUUGAGUCUUAAUGGAUUAAUUCUGUGCCCUCCUCCUCUGCUCCCUGCCCUACACACAUCGCUCCCGCCUGCGGGCUGACAAAAGCUGGCUCUGUACGCCUGACCGAAGGGCGCCACGGCACAUCGCGGUGGGUGAUUUCCUGCGGGCGGGGCGGGGCCUGCUUCCGGGGACGGGGCCUGGAGCGGGGGCGACUUUCGGGGACCGCCGGAAGCUGCGGGUGGCGGCAGUGUACUGGAGUCGGGGCGGACCUACUUCCGGGGGCGGGGUCUGAGGUGACUUCCGGUGCAUGCCGGAAGUCGCGUGUGGCGGCGGUGGGCCGGGGCCGGAGCCGGGUCUGGCGCCAUGGCCCGCAAGAAGCUGUACCGCCCGAUCGCCGCCAUGGCCAAAAAGGUGCGCGAGUAUCGGGCGCUGAAGGAGCGGCCGCGGGACUCGCAGCGCUUCGCCCUGGACUACGAGACCAUGAGGCGGCCGCUGACGCAGAAGCGGCUGCCGGUGCUGGCCUGGGAGGACGUGCGGCGCGAGCAGCGGCUGUUCUCGUUGCUGUGCCGCCUGCCGCUGUUCGGUGUGGGCCGCGUGGUCACCCGCAAGUCCUGGCUGUGGGCGCACGACGAGCCCUGCUAUUGGGUCAUCACCAAGGUCCGCGCGGACUACACGGCCGAGGGCAUGGACCACGGCAGGGCCUGGGGCCGGCUGACGUUCCGAGGUAAAACUGAAGAAGAAGACAGAGAGAUUGACAAAGUCAUGUAUCAUGACUGGCGUAUGGUGCCCAAGCAUGAGGAGGAAGCCUUCAAGAAAUUUACCCCAGUGCCAGAGGAGACCUGUCGGUACCUUCCAUACCCACCUUUGCUCCGAGCCAUGAUCCUAGCUCAGUGGCAGAAAGAGGGGAAAGAGAUCACAGAGGAGCCAAUGAUUGAUCUGCAGAGGACCUCUCAGCUUAAGGCUGCAAAGAAAAAUGCUACAGGGGCAUCACUGUAACGUCCUGCUCUGUGUCCUGAGCUUCCCACAUGCUCUUGCUUCGAGUUGACAGUACAUGACCUUACUGAAGACCCCCUUGCCUACUGUGGUACUGUGUAUCCAGUUGACCUCGUUUUCUCCCCUGGACUGUAUGGUAAUCUCUUCUGAAAUUAAAGUUGAAGAUGCAUUUGGAUUUUAUUUUUUUCCCCUCAUAACUUUGGACUAAGUCAGAUUCACUGUAUACUCCCUGAAUUUAGAGCUCCUGUCAUCCAGCUACAAUGCUUGGGAGCACAUUUUCAUUUACAGCCUGAAAAUCAAGGAGUUUUUUAAGAACAUUUUUCAAGUAGUUUAAGUAAGUCCUACAUCAUGGAAAAAUGACUAAGUUAAAUAUAACAUUAUUUCACAGAGCCAGAAUAAAUGAUUUCUUAUUUCCACGGCAUAUUUCUAAGAAAAUCUGUUCUUU